AUGUCUAGUGAUUUACCAGGUGGUACUCAACCUGGAUUGGGAGAUAAUCCAUAUCGCCAAAUGGUUUUGGAUGCGGCUGGAUCAAAUUUUGGCCAGGGUUCAUCUUCGCAAUGUUAUAGAAAUAUCGAACCUGAGUCAUCUUAUCAUUAUGAACCUUCAAUGGAGGAAGUUCCUGAUCUUUCAAUGGAAGAGGAACCUAAUCCUGAUUCACAAAGGUUUUAUGAUUUGCUACAAUCAGCUGAUAGAAAAUUGUAUCCUGGUUCUUCCCUCUCUCAACUCGCAUUAGUUUCUAGGAUGUUAAAUAUCAAAAUGGAGAACACUUUGUCACAGAGGGGUUAUAAUCAAAUGAUGAAACUAUUUAAAGAGGCUUUACCUGAAGGUAAUCAUGUGUUGGAUAAUUAUUAUCAGACCAAAAAGCUAGUGCGUAGCUUGGGUUUACCUGUUGAAAAGAUUGAUUGUUGUAAUUCAGGAUGUAUGUUGUAUUGGGAUGAUGAUAAGGAUCUAACAUCUUGUAAGUUUUGUGGCUAUGAGAGGUAUAAACGCCAAGUUGGUUCUCGUAAGAGAAAAUUGGUUCCUUACAAGAGAAUGUAUUAUUUUCCUCUUAUUCCUAGAUUGCGAAGGUUAUAUGCAUCUCGUGCUACAGCUGCCGACAUGAGAUGGCAUCAUAAGCAUAUACAAGAAGAGGGGGUAAUGCGUCAUCCAUCAGACUCUGAGGCUUGGAAGCACUUCAAUGAAACUCAUUCUUUUUUUGCUGAUGAACCAAGGAAUGUGAGGUUAGGGUUAUGUACUGAUGGUUUUCAACCAUUUGCUCAAUCGGGAAGAAAAUACUCUUCUUGGCCAGUGAUUGUUACUCCAUACAAUUUACCUCCGAGAAUGUGUAUGAAAGAAGCUUACAUGUUCUUAACUAUCAUUGUUCCAGGGCCACACAAUCCUAAGCAAAAAAUUGAUGUUUAUCUACAACCUCUAAUAAAAGAAUUGACUUUGUUGUGGGAGACAAGAUGGAGUACCAGUGGCAAUUUAGCAUGCCCUUAUUGUAUGGAGGACGCACAAUCCUUCAGAUUACAUUAUGGUGGGAAAACAACUUGGUUUGACAGUCAUAUGAUGUUUCUUGAUCAAAACCAUCCAUUUAGGAAAGAUCGUAAAAACUUUCUUAAAGGUCAUACUGUUACAAGAUCGCCACCACCUGUCAGAACGGGACAAGAAAUUCUUAAUCAAAUCUGUGAGUUGGGGAUAAGGAAGGUAACUGAGUUAGAUGCUGAAGAAGUUAAUAAGAGAUUAUUUCUUAAUGUUGAUGGCAAAACCAAAGACAAUCCCAAAGCACGUCAGGAUGUUGCAAAAUACUGCAAUCGGCCAGAGUUAGCAAGAAAUCCCGAUGGAAGCUAUCCCAAGGCUGCAUAUACAAUAGACAAGAAUGAAAAAAAAGUCUUGUUUGAUUGGUUGGAAGGUGUGAAGUUCCAGAUGGGUAUGUUUCAAAUAUGA